AUGCGCGAACGCGGCGGGACCGCUGACGCCCCGCGCCCAGCGCCCCCGCAGGACGCGGAGGAGGUGAGCGCCCUGCAGGCACUGCCGAUCGACGUGCAGCUGAACAUCUUGUCCUACCUGUCCCCACAAGAUCUAUGUCAUUUGGGGAGCACGAGUUGCUACUGGAGGGCGGCCGUGCGAGAUCCGCUGUUGUGGAGGUGUUUUCUCCUGAAGGAUAUCCCGUUUUGGACGUCUGUGGAUUGGAAGUCGCUCCCAGAUGCAGAGGUUUUUAAUAAAGCCUUUUCAGAGGUCAACGAUGAUGCACUGUAUGAUUACAUGGCAAUAUAUAAGAAAAGCUGUCCUCAGGGUAGAAGAAGCUUGAAAUCGAGCCGUUCCCGGUACGAGGCAGUGACAUCCUUCUUGCAGUCACUGGUCACUCUGUCAGAACCUCGCUUUGCUAUGUUUGGACCGGGUUUGGAAGAGCUGGAUGACUCCUUAGUGCAAAAGAUGAUGACACGCCCAGACCUUCUGCAGGUAGUUGGCCUACCUCAAAGACAAAUUGAUGGAAUUGGAUCAGGAGUCAGUUUUCAGUUUAAUAACUAUCAAAAAUUCAAUAUUCUAACAUUGUACUCAACUACCAGUGUGGAAAGGAGGAGAGCAAGGGAAGAGCAAGCUGUUGCUGUGAAUAAGAUGUUCUACCAAGAGAACAGUGUAGCGGGGAAUCAGCAAGCCAUGCACUAUGCUGUAAUAGCUCAAGUGAAAAAGGUGUGCCAAGUAGUUGAUGGAUUCAUUUAUGUUGCUAAUGCAGAAGCUCAUAAAAAGCACGAUCGUCAAGAGGAGCUGGCUCGUAUUUUGGCAAUGCUUGAUCCAGCCCUCGGGCCUCCCAACAGACCUCUGCUAGUUUUGUCUUGUAUCUCUCAUGGUGGUGUGAAAAGAAUUCCGUGUGUUUACAUGGCACACCAGUUGCAACUAAAUCUGCUACGUCAGCCCUGGAUGGUGAGGGACACUGUAGCUGCAACAUUAACUGGAUUGCUACGUGGAAUUGAGUGGCUUCUGGAAGAAACAAAUAAUAGAAAUUCACAGUAA